CUCAUAAUAUCGACAUAAGAGUGCGUAUAUUGACAGAUGCUGCUUCAGAUGAAUAAAUUCUGAAUUAUUGGGGAUGCUUAAUGUUUAAAUAAUCAUCGGGAAACGUACGCGAAGCAAUGUUUUAAAGAUGAACUCCUCAAUAUAAGAUUACAUCUAUUAUGAGGCUGUCUCUUUAAUGAGAGGAUUUAACUCGCGCUGAAACUCCUUCCUUAUCCGAAAAGUGAGGCAUUUCAUUUGGAUUCAGUACGAACAACGAUGUUACGACUUCUGCUUCUUCUUCAACUUCAGAUGGUCUUUUUUUGUGGAUGGGCUUUGCUCAUGUCAAAGGAAAAUGACACUGAAUUACACAUUGGAACAUUAAUACCAUCUUAUACAAGCGAUCGUUAUCAUUUGAAAAGUGCUGUUGAAUUUGCAGCUGAAACGAUAUACAAGCGUGGAUUACUGAAAGGAUAUAAACUGGUAUUCCACCAUAAAGAUACACUGGGCACCCCAGACAAAGGAGUCGAAGCAUUGAUCGCUUUGAGAAAUGAAAACGUUAAGAUUUGUGUUAUCGGGCCGUUAAAAUCUGAAGUUGCUAUUUACACCGCAAGACUUGCUUCUGUCUGGGGAACCUUGCAGGUAUCAUAUAGUGCAUCAAGUCCUGACCUUCUCUCUGAUACCUAUCCAAGAUUUCUUAGUUUAAUGCCAACUUCCUACUCACUAAAUGCUGCUUUGAUCAAGUUCAUGGAGUUUUUUAAAUGGAAUAGGGUAGCAUUGGCACAAGACGCUAAUUAUAAAAAAUCAGUGUUUCCACCGACAAUAAACGCACUCAAACAGAAGUUAAAACAUAAAGGAGUAAAAAUCCUGACGACAGAACUUGUCGAUGUAACUAAAAGCGACACAAUUAAAUCAUUCGUUCGAACGUUAAAGGAAAAGGAUGCAAGAAUUGUGAUUGCUUUACUGGAGGAUAAAACUUUAUUCACAGUUAUGUGUGAGGCUUACAGGGAAAUUGGUAUUGUGUGGUUUAACUACUACAAUCGUGCUGAAUUCUCAUCAAAAUCAAGGUGUAAUUGGACAGAGUUAGCAAUGAUAACUGAGAGACUGUUUGUUUUGGAUGUUGUCAAUACGCGUAAUGAUUCAAGAAAAACUAUUUCUGGUCUGACCUCAAAAGAGUUUAAAACGAAAAUGAAAAGAGAACGUAAUGGAUGGGAAAUUCGUUCUGCUUUAGCGUUUGAUACAACCUGGCUACUUGCGCUUGCUGUAAAUGCGUCCAUCAAAGAUGCUGUUCGAAUGCAGCACGUAAAUCUUUCAACAAACGACCAUAUUGGUUUGAGUACCAAACUUCGGAAAGAAUGAUGAAUAUGGAUUUUGAAGGAAUAUCUGGACGAGUGACAUUCAAUUCAUCCGAACGACUAGGAACAAUCCUUAUAAAGCAAAUUAGGAAAGGCCAGACCAAACAUGUGGCUGAACAUCAGACGUUAUCAAAUAUACUUACCUUUUUUCAAAACCAAUCCAACCCAAAAGAACUAUUUGAUGCCGAUAAAAAUGUUCAAGAUGGUCCUUUUCCCAUCAACGAAGUUCGUCAUUAUUCUCUAUCUUUGUUCGUUAUCAUUUGGAUAUUAUGCUUUGCUGCAAGUGUUGCUGCGUUAGUCUUGUUCAGUUUCAACUUU